AGCUAUAAGCGCGACGAGGAUGGUGUUGCUGUCGCUGCUGCGCAUAACAGCUAUAAGCGCGACGAGGAUGGUGUUGCUGUCGCUGCUGCGCAUAACAGCUAUAAGCGCGACGAGGAUGGCAUCGCUGUUGCUGCCGCCCAUAACAGCUAUAAGCGUGACGAGGAUGGUGUUGCUGUUGCUGCUGCCCAUAACAGCUAUAAGCGCGACGAGGAUGGUGUUGCUGUUGCUGCUGCGCAUAACAGCUAUAAGCGUGACGAGGAUGGCAUCGCUGUCGCUGCCGCCCAUAACAGCUAUUAGACUCAAUCGCAAAAGUCACCUACGGCCAUUAUAGCCUUGGAUGAUUGUGAGAGGAGGUCGAGGUAAUGAUGACAAGGGUACAUUAUC